AGACGAUUUCAUUUUGCCCUCCGCUGUUAUAUCGACGCGCACCAUUAGCUAGCAGCCUAGCACCACCAUCUUCCGCUCUCCCCCCCAUCUCCUCCCACCUGCUGCCGCUCGCUUGUCCCGGCCUAGGGUUUCGCCUCCACCCGCCCCCGGCCCUCGCCUCAGAUCUCGACGCCGGCGACCCCCGAUCCUCCUAAGCCGCCUGCCGCCAACCCCGCCGAGUCCCGAUUCGUCACUCACCCCACGCCGCGCCACCGCGCCACCGCGUCCUCCAGCCUCUGGACGCGCUCGCGGGGAACAGAUCUAGGGUUCGGGGCCUUGCUUGGUGCAUGAGAAGGGCACUAGGGUGUUGACGGCAUGGAGGUGGAAGCGGCGAGGAGGGAUGCGUCGGCUCUUGACCCGGAGUUGCUGCAGCUGCCGGAGCUCGCGCCGGGCGCUCUCCGGGAGAACUCAAGCAUAGCCGAGGCACUCUAUUUCCAGUGGCUCGUGCUGCCUGAGUCGUCCAAGCUGGUGAAAUCUUUGAUUGAAGACGCAAAAGCCGGUGCCACACUGAAUGUUGCUGGGAGCUCUGCUAGCACAAAUGCCGCUUCAAGUAGUUCUUUGCCGUCAAUGUUCCCUGCUGGUAGUGCCCCCCCACUCUCUCCUAGGAGCACAGCUGGCUCUCCCCGUGUUAUGAGACGAGGUUCUAGUGCUGGACCAUCGUCCUUGGGAUCUCCUCUAAAAUUAGUCAGUGAACCUGUGAGAGAAGUUAUACCUCAGUUUUACUUCAAACAUGGGCGCCCUCCACCAAAAGAUUUGAGGGAGCAGUGUUUGUCUAGACUAGAUCACCUUUUUUUUGCUGGGGAGGGGCUCCAGAUUCAAGAAUUCAGACCAGUUAUAAAAGACAUAUGCAAGUUGCCAUCGUACCUCUCUGGUGUUCUUUUCAAGAAGAUUGACGCCGCUUGCUCUGGAACUGUAACAAGGGAUGCAUUUAUCGAUUACUGGUUUAAUGACAAUAAGAUAACAAUGGACACAGCUAGCCAGAUAUUUGAAAUAUUAAGAAAGCCAGGUUACAGUUAUCUCACUCAGGAGGAUUUUAAGCCUGUUCUAAAAGAACUCCUGGCAACUCACCCAGGUUUAGAGUUUUUACAAGGCACUCCCGAGUUUCAGGACAGAUACGCUGAGACUGUAAUAUACAGAAUCUUCUACUCCAUAAAUAGAUCUGGAAAUGGUCAUCUUACCCUCAGAGAGCUAAAACGUGGGAAUUUAGUAGCUGCAAUGCAACAACUUGAUGAGGAAGAGGAUAUCAACAAAAUACUGAGAUAUUUCUCAUAUGAGCAUUUUUAUGUAAUCUACUGCAAAUUUUGGGAGCUGGACACAGAUCAUGAUUUCUUGAUUGACAAAGAGAACCUUAUCAGAUAUGGAAAUCAUUCAUUGACCUAUAGAAUAGUUGAUAGAGUCUUUUCACAGGUCCCAAGGAAAUUCACAAGCAUGACCGAAGGAAAGAUGGGUUAUGAGGAUUUUGUUUACUUCAUCUUGUCAGAGGAAGAUAAAUCAUCCGAGCCUAGCCUUGAGUACUGGUUUAAGUGCAUUGAUCUUGAUGGCAAUGGUAUUUUAACUACCAAUGAGAUGCAGUUUUUCUAUGAGGAGCAGUUGCAUCGUAUGGAGUGCAUGGCACAGGAACCUGUACUUUUUGAGGACAUACUAUGCCAAAUGAUUGAUAUGAUUGGACCAGAGAAUGAGACAUAUUUUACAUUGCGGGACUUAAAAAGGUGUAAACUCUCAGGAAAUAUAUUCAAUAUCCUAUUUAAUCUCAACAAAUUUAUGGCAUUUGAAACUCGUGAUCCGUUCCUAAUUCGCCAGGAGCGUGAAAAUCCAACCCUAACUGAGUGGGAUCGGUUCGCCCAUAGGGAAUAUAUCAGGCUGUCGAUGGAAGAGGAUGGUGAAGAUGCUUCAAAUGGAAGUGGUGAUGUGUGGGACGAGUCACUUGAAGCUCCAUUUUGAAUCAUGCUGCCUCACACUCCUUAUUGAUUGGAUAUGCAUGAAAUUGGUUGGGAAGUCAAGUGUAAAGGUUUUGGCUAGCCUGCGAAGGUCAUUGCAGGCUCGAAGCAGUUUCAGUAACACCAAAGACUACUUAUGAGUUUUACUGUGCAGGUCUGAUUUGAUAUUAUCAGUUGUCCAGUUGUGCAAACAUUUUUGCUUGCCAGGAAGAAUGUGGAAGUUGAUGUGAAGGCCUCCUGCAUAUUGACAAGGCAACAACCUCAACAGUCUCAAAUGAUGCUAAAGUGGGGAAACUUCCGUGGUCUACCUUUUUCUCUUUGUGUUCUGAUUGUUGCUUUAGGAGGGAUGCCAGUUUAUUCAAUUGCUGUGCUCAAAUUUUGGAGCUGAACUGUUGGUGUUUGGCUGCCAUUUUCCUUGUUAAUCUGUGGGUGUGCGAGCAAGCAAUUCCAUCAUUAACUUUGAUCAUCGUAUGUAACUUUCUGGUUCUGCUUUUUGUUCAGUUUGGUAUGGCGUUUGUUGCGAUUCUUGGUACAUUUUGGUAGGUGGGGAGGGGUCUCAAAACAUGGAUGUGACUCGGUCAUUUGUAACAUUAACAAGUAACUAUGCAUCAGGUGCAUAAAAUCUAAACAGGAAAGUAGUUUCCAUCGACAA